AUGGACAUCAUGAACAAGAGGUUCCUCACUGUUCCCAAUACAGAGACACGUCUGGUGGUCAAAUUGUAUAUACCGAAGCAUCUCGUGAGCCUGGACUCGAUGAAGGCCAUCGUACCCAUGCUUUGGCUGGUAGACCCGCUGCUGAGUGAUUUUCAUCCUGCUCACUUUGGACCUAACUCACUCUAUUCACUAGGGCUACAGUAUACUAGUCUUGCUAGGGACGGUGCCAUUGAUAUACAGGCUGAGAUGCUGUCCGCAGUCCAGGUUGAGGAUUCCUGGAAUAAUCGCCUUUCGCCUGACCAGAAACCACUGGAGCUUCUACCCCAUCCAAGAGAUCUGGGGGGACCGAAGUAUCGCCACAGCAUCCACAGACUUCUGGAUGCUACAUCCGUCCAAGAUUUGCUACAUCUCAUGGAUAUACCAACAUUGUGGAACACUGGAUAUGCUGGAGACAUCUCUCUGGGCUAUUCUAUGCGUAAAGCUGACUCAACACUGAGGUAUCUCAACAAAUCUGGUACAUUCUUCUACCAAUCAUAUCCCAAUCUGAGGUAUUGCUCCACGAUUCACGACUUUCUCGAGGAGCAAGGCCUGGGUGAGUUGUCCAAAUGUUUCCAGCCACAACCAAAACAUUUCAAAGUGCCAGAUCUGAGAUAUCGGCAUCCUGUCGCAAGUGCUGCGCCCCCUGAGGAGCCCACUGUGAUUCUAAAUUUGUCUUCGAGACAUCUAUCUGCGUCGCAUUUCCAAGGAUCUAGUCUCCUAACCGAUAGCGAAGAAGAAUCACAAAAGUACGCAAGAAAUGAGAGCUACUAUUUUGGUAUCGAGCUCGAAUUGUACAUGCCAGUUUUGCUACCGCAUGAGGGCCGGCCCGACCCUCAUCCCAAUGAUGGCAGGGAGCUCAGCCGUGCCGAGCGAUUCCUCAACAGAAUUGAUUUAAUGGAAGAAAUCAUCAGUUCUAAAGGGCCGUUGACUCUGGUUUGGGACGAGUAUUUCGACCAGAAGUCCUGGGAGAGCAAGCUCUUCUGUCACGGGAUGGUGCCUGUUGACGAUAUUGAACCCCAAUAUCAGACGUGGACCGUUGGAACCGAUGUAUCGCUACGCCAAAUGUUUGAGUGGGGAGGAUACAAGCAGCUGAAUGGUUUGGAGAUCGUCAGUCCCGUUCUUAGAAAUACGCCCGAGUGCUGGGAAGAGAUACUGAAUAUGGUCUUCAUCCUGCGAAACAACUUCAGAUUGACAGUAGGCAAAUCAUGUGGCUUCCACAUCCAUGUGAGCAAAGGCAUUGGGCCCAUGCUGUUACACCUCGUGCGCAAGGUUUGUGUCCUCAUGUAUUCGGCCGAAAACAUUGUUUACCUCCUUUGUUGCCUGGAAGAAGGAAGUCAAGAUACGCACCGAGUCUAG